AUGAGUCAGUACUGCUGUAUGAAUAAUUGUUUCCUGCUUCAGAUGCAGAUCUCAAGUCGCCAUAAGUGCGUUAAGAAGUUUAUACUAAAGAAAUGUUCCAGAAGGGGAGGGAAACUCAAGCUAAUAGACAAGUGCAAGAAGGACCAGAAGAAGAAGUGGGCUCUUGGGUCAGAGUGCACGUGUUGCUUGCCAUGUACGACCACUGACGCCUGCAAGGGACUCCAGGGUGUGUGUAAACAAGAGUGCAAGUUCGGCGAGUUGGGAGGAGUGCCGUGCAGGGGCGAGAACUGCAAAUGCUGCUUAAAAGCAACCACUACUGAACUGCCUGAAAUAAAGCCUCCAAUAGUACAGACAACACAAGACGCAAUGAACACUCAAGGCCCAGAGGUCACGCCAGGCCCUGAUGUCACUCCUGAACAAGAUAUCAAUUCAGAACCAGAUGGUACUGCUGGCCCUAAUGUCACACCAGGACCAGAUGGCACCCCAGGCCCGGAAGUUACUCCAGGCCCUGAUAUUCUAAUGCCAAAUGUCACUCCAGAAUCUGAUGCCAAUAUGGAACCAGAUGACACUGAAGGACCAGGUAUUACUUCGGGUCCAGUUAUUGGUCCAGAUUUCACUCUUAGACCAGAUGUUAGUCUGGGACCAGAUAUCACUUCAGGAUCAGAUGUCACUUCUGGACCAGAUGUCACUUCAGAUGUUACUGGGGAUGACACUCUUGGUGAAGAAGCAGACCAUGAAAACAUUCCAGUCGAAGAAACAGUUGAUGGAGAGGAAAUCACUGAUGAAGAUAUAUCUACUGAAGACACUCCUGGAGUAAACACUGGUGAUGAAGCUCCUGAGGAAGACACGUCUGGUGACGCCGAUGGUGAUGACACUCUUGAUGAAGACACUCCUGAGGAAGACACGUCUGGUGACGCCGAUGGUGAUGAAACUCUUGAUGACGACACUCCUGGUGAAGACACUGCUGGUGAUGAAACCCCUGACGAAGAUGCCGCUGGUGAUGAAACUCCUGACGAAGACACUGCUGGGAAUGAAACUGGUGAUGACACCGUUGAUGCCGCUGGUGAUGAAACUCCUGACGAAGACACUGCUGGGAAUGAAACUGGUGAUGACACCGUUGGUGAUGAAACUCCUGACGGAGACACCCCCGGUGAAGAAAUUGAUGAUGACACAUCUGGGGAAGUUACUCCGGGCGAAGACACUUCUGGGGAAGAAACAACUGGUGAGGACACUCCUGAAGAAGAAACUCAUGGUGACGACAGUCCUGAGCAAGAAACUCCUGAGGAAGAAACUCCUGGUGACGACACUCCUGAGCAAGAAACUUCUGAGGAAGAAACUCAUGGUGACGACACUCCUGAGGAAGAAACUCCUGGUGACGACACUCCUGAGGAAGAAACUCAUUUUGACGACACUCCUGAGCAAGAAACUUCUGAGGAAGAAACUCCUGGUGACGACACUCCUGAGGAAGAAACUUCUGAGGAAGAAGCUCAUGGUGACGACAAUCCUGAGCAAGAAACUUCUGAGGAAGAAACUCAUGGUGACGACACUCCUGAACAAGAAAAUUCUGAGGAAGAAACUCAUGGUGACGACACUCCUGAACAAGAAACUUCUGAGGAAGAAAGUCAUGGUGACGACACUCCUGAGCAAGAAACUUCUGAGGAAGAAACUCAUGGUGACGACACUCCUGAACAAGAAACUUCUGAGGAAGAAACUCAUGGUGACGACACUCCUGAACAAGAAACUUCCGAGGAAGAAAGUCAUGGUGACGACACUCCUGAGCAAGAAACUUCUGAGGAAGAAACUCAUGGUGACGACACUCCUGAACAAGAAAGUUCUGAGGAAGAAACUCAUGGUGACGACACUCCUGAGGAAGAAACUCCUGGUGACGACACUCCUGAGGAAGAAACUCCUGGUGACGACACUCCUGAGGAAGAAACUCCUGGUGACGACACUCCUGAACAAGAAAAUUCUGAGGAAGAAACUCCUGGUGACGACACUCCUGAGGAAGAAACUCCUGGUGACGACACUCCUGAGCAAGAAACUCCUGGUGACGACACUCCUGAGGAAGAAACUGCUGAGGAAGAAACUUCUGAUGAAGACGGUCCUGAGGAAGAAACUCCUGGUGACGACACUCCUGAGGAAGAAACUCAUGGUGACGACACUCCUGAGCAAGAAACUUCUGAGGAAGAAACUCCUGAGGAAGAAACUUCUGAUGAAGACGGUCCUGAGGAAGAAACUCCUGAGGAAGAAACUGCUGAGGAAGAAACUCCAGAGGAAGAAACUCCUGAGGAAGAAACUCUUGAGGAAGAAACUCCUGAGGAAGAAACUCCUGAGGAAGAAACUGCUGAGGAAGAAACUGCUGAGGAAGAAACUGCUGAGGAAGAAACUGCUGAGGAAGAAACUGCUGAGGAAGAAACUGCUGAGGAAGAAACUGCCGAGGAAGAAACUGCCGAGGAAGAAACUGCCGAGGAAGAAACUGCCGAGGAAGAAACUCUUGAGGAAGAAACUCCUGAGGAAGAAACUGCUGAGGAAGAAACUGCUGAGGAAGAAACUCCUGAGGAAGAAACUCCAGAGGAAGAAACUCCUGAGGAAGAAACUGCUGAGGAAGAAACUGCUGAGGAAGAAACUCUUGAGGAAGAAACUCCUGAGGAAGAAACUGCUGAGGAAGAAACUGCUGAGGAAGAAACUCUUGAGGAAGAAACUCCUGAGGAAGAAACUCCUGAG